AUGUCCAUCAGGCCGCUCCCGGAGGAUGUCGUUGGGAAAAUCAGGUCCUCGUCGACCAUCACAUCCCUCAAUGGCGUCGUCUGCGGCCUGCUCAAGAACUCGCUUGAUGCUGGCGCCACCAAGGUCAAUAUCUAUGUUGAAUACGGUCGAGGAAACUGUACUGUAGAGGACAAUGGGCUUGGAAUUGUUCCUGGUGACUUUGCAGAGGACGGAGGGCUCGGAAAAUCCUACUUUACAUCCAAAUUUCCGCCGCAGCAUGGACUCUACGGUAGACGGGGAACGUUUUUAUCUUCUCUGAGUACUUUGUCUUUACUUACGGUUACAUCUCAUCAUUAUCGCCACAAUUCGCACAACACCAUCUCGAUUCACCAUGGCAAGCUCUUGAAGAGGCAGACGCCUUCUCUGCCUGGAGAUCGAUUCCAAAUCUUUGACCACGGCACACGAGUUGCCGUCAAUGAUCUAUUUGGCUCUCUUCCCGUACGCGUUAAACAUCGGGCUACCCUCUUCUCGGAUCGGCCUGGGCUUGAGAAGGAAUGGGGCCGUCUGGUUCAUGAUGUGGUCGGCUUGCUCGUAUCUUGGCCCUCUGGGGUCACCGUGUUCUUGCGUGAGGCAAAAGGGCAGCGUGAGCUGCGCCUAAAGCCACCGGAGAAUGCAAACAUGGUUUCUAGAGCGGUACGGUUCUUCACUCAAGCAUCAUUGGCAGAUUCCGGCGACGUGGACUCGUGGAUACCGGUAUCAGCAACUGCUGGCCACGUCACAAUCAAGGGCUGCAUUUCUUUGAAUCCCGUUGCGACGCGCCGAUCCCAGUUUAUGAGCGUAGGCAUCCUACCAGUCUCAAACGAGUACGGAAGCAAUGUUCUGUAUGAAGAGGUGAACAAAAUGUUUGCAUCUUCGAAUUUUGGGAUCGUCGAGCACCAAGAUGGCAUGUCCAAUGAUGGGGCUGGCCCAAAUCAAAAGAAAGGCAAAGGGGUGGACCGAUGGCCCAUGUUCUAUCUUCGAAUCACACUCAAAGGGGCUGAAGAUGUUUUUGACGUUGAUGAUAUUUCUAGCCAUUCACAUGGUGAUCUUGAAAGGAUUAUAGAUUUGCUGAGGGCAGUCAUUUAUAGCUUCCUGAAGAAGCAUCACAUGCGCCCCCAGAAGAUCCAGUCAUCUUCAGACAAGUCUGUAUUCUCAACCGCUCCACACCGUAGCACAACCCGGGCUACCAAGGGGCGUCAAUCCUCAACGGCUCCGUCAUCGCAAGUUUUACCGUCUGGUACAGUAUCGUCUCUUUCAGACAGUCCUUUUGACGGGUGGAAUAGGAUGAAAGUUGGCCCACGAACUGAACGUAGGCCAGUAAAAGAGGUGGAGAGGCAUGAAAUAGGACCAACUAACUCGGAAACCAUUGUGACGGAUCGGCUGAUUGGCGAGGGAGGCAAACUGCUCCGCAAACCUUUUGACAUUUCAGCCCCUCUCAGUCCAGGGGCAAAGGGUGGAAAGCGGGUGGAAGCUGAAUCUCAAGAUACACUCAAAACAGGUCCCUUGGCGCUUGCCGAGCGUCCUAAGAGGGUGGCAGAGGAUUUGCCAAGUGAAAAGGCAAAGCGUCUAAAAUUUAGCGAGCCGGAAUUCAGAGAUGAGGCGCUGAAAGAGAGGGAAAAGGCAACUGAGAAGAAAAAACCAAACGAAUGGCUGCAAAACAUUCUUAAAUCAUGGAAGAACCCCGUCUUUGAGCCAACUCAACCUGCUAUACCGCGCAUCAACGACGAAGCGCCAGAACCAGUGCGUGAUGCGAUAUCAUAUCACCGCUCGCAUCGGUGCUGCGACGAGGAGAAAGGAGGAGUCAGGUUCGAGGCAGCAUCCAUCGGCCUCGAGGGUCGUGUGUCGCGAUCGGCCUUGGCGGCAGCACAAGUCGUUGCACAAGUCGAUAAGAAGUUCAUAUUACUGAAGCUUCCCCUGAGUAACAUGGCAGACGGGCGAGAGCCGAACAGCUCGUGUGCCCUGGUGAUGCUCGAUCAGCAUGCUGCAGACGAGAGAUGCCGUCUGGAGGAACUCAUGGCGGGCUACUUCAAGCUAGAUGGUUCUAACGGAAUCCUGAAGGCGGUCGUUGAACCUCUCGAGCGACCCCUAAUAUUUGAAAUCUCGGAUCGCGAGCAUGAUUUAUUGCUGCGGUAUCAAGAGCAUCUUGAAGCUUGGGGCAUUCUGUAUAAGACCCAACGACGAGCAGCUUCGACGAAACAAGAGCGGGAUGGAUGUACGGUGGCAGUCUCGGCUCUGCCUCCGAGUAUCCUGGAGCGCUGUCGUACUGAGCCACGCCUUUUGGUGGAACUGAUACGCAAGGAGAUAUGGAAACUCGACGACGAGGGCAUCAUACCCUCACGGCCGCGCAGUGCUGGAGGAGCAGCUGAACAGGUUCGGACUCAACCUUGUACGGUGGAUUUCCACGGUUGUCCCAGAGGGAUCCUCGAGUUGCUACAUUCGAGGGCCUGUCGAAGUGCUAUCAUGUUCAACGACGCUCUUUCGGCUGAGGAGUGUGAGCAGCUCGUGCGACGGCUUGCGAAAUGUGCGUUCCCGUUUCAGUGUGCGCAUGGAAGGCCGAGUUUGGUGCCGUUGGUGGAUUUGGGAUCGGGGGCGAGGAUUGGAGGAUGGAAUGAGGAUGAGCGUGGUAAGAGAGACGUGCGGGCGUGGAAGAGAUGGAUAACGACGGCGCUGGCUGAUGAGGCGGGUGAAUAA